CUCUUUCCCCCAUUGGCGUAGGCGGGAAGGAGAACGAGGAGGACCAUUUCUGCAAAUAAAAAAGUUUUACACCACCACCCCGAAACUUUUCCGUCUCCUAGAAAUUACCCUCACUGCAAAUCAAAUCAGCUCAAAAAUUCCAUCUUUUUCCGCCUAAAAUCUCUUCAACAUUUCAACUCCUGGCCUCGCAAUCACUCCCCCAUGGCUCGCGGCAGGGAAGCGUUGAUCUUGCUCAUCGAUGUGGGCCCUUCUACGCACGGGGUUCUUCCUGAAGUCGAGAGCGUCUGCUCCAUGCUCGUGCAGAAGAAGCUAAUUUUUGGCAAGAGUGAUGAAGUGGGGAUUAUCUUGUUCGGUACAAAAGAUACUGACAAUGAUCUGGAGAAGGAAGUUGGUGGCUAUGAACAUGUUGUAGUUAAACGAAAUAUCAAAGUUGUAGAUGUGGAUGCGGUUGAUAUACUACAAAAUCUUCCCAGAGGGACUGGUAAUGGUGAUUUUUUGGAUGCUGUUAUUGUUGGAAUGGAUAUGUUAAUUAAGAAAUAUGGUAUCACAAACAAGGGAAAACAACGCCUUUGUCUUGUUACUGAUGCAAAACAUCCAAUUAAAGCUCCAAGUGAAGGAACAAAAGAAGAUCAGGUUCACAUUGUUUGUCAACAGAUGCAAGAUCAUGGAAUGAGGCUGGACUGUGUCAUUAUCAGGGAAAAUUCAUCUGAAACUGCAAGUCAGAAGAUAAUUGAUGAAAAUGAUUUUUUAUUAAGACUGUUCACGGAGAAGACAAAAGCAAAAGCCAUAUAUGUUAGUAACCCAACAGCGUUGUUAGGUGCUCUUCGGACUCGAAAUAUAUCCCCAGUUACUGUAUAUAGAGGAGAUCUGGAGUUAAGUUCAACGAUGAAGAUCAAGGUAUGGGUAUACAAGAAGACAUCAGAAGAAAAGUUUCCUACAUUGAAGAAAUUCUCUGACAAAGCACCUCCAACUGAUAGAUAUGCCACUCAUGAAGUCAAAAUGGAUUUUGAAUACAAAAGCAUUGAGAACCCUGAGAAAAUUGUUCCUCCAGAGCAAAGAAUCAAGGGUUAUCGUUAUGGACCACAAGUUGUUCCUAUAUCACCUGCAGAAUGGGAGGCAGUCAAGUUUAAACCUGAGAAAAGUGUGAAGGUCUUAGGAUUUACAGAUGCCUCCAACAUAAUGCGGCACUAUUAUAUGAAGGAUGUCAACAUCUUUAUUCCCGAACCGGGCAAUACAAAAGCCAUUGUUGCAUGCUCUGCCAUAGCAAGAGCAAUGAAACAAAUGAACAAGGUUGCAAUUUUGCGGUGUGUAUGGAGGCAAGGUCAAGGAAAUGUUGUUGUCGGUGUGUUGACACCCAACAUAUCCUGCAAGGAUAAUAUUCCAGAUUCAUUUUGCUUCAAUGCACUUCCAUUUGCGGAGGAUAUUCGGGAGUUUCAGUUCCCAUCAUUUAGUAAUUUUCCUUCAUCAUGGCAACCAAAUGAGCAACAGCAAGAGGCAGCAGACAACCUUGUUAAGAUGCUAAAUCUUGCACCUGAUGAUAAAGAAGAAGCAUUGCAGCCUGAUUUUACACCAAAUCCAGUCUUAGAGCGCUUCUAUCGCUUUCUUCACUUAAAAUCAAGGCUGCCAGAGGCGGAGGUUCCUUCCCUUGACAGAAGUCUUAAGAGGAUAACUGAACCUGAUCCUGAAAAGUUAUCAGAGUGUAAACCUGUGAUUGAAAAUUUUCGCACCCAAUUUGAGCUGAAGGAGAAUCCCAAGAAAAAGAAAUCCUCUAAGCGAGCUUGGAGAGAGAAAUCCUCAGUUUCAGAUGAAGAAGUGGGUGCUGAUAGUAAGGUUCCUGAAAAUGGAAGUGCAAAAUUGAUCGAGAACUCAUCUCCGGAAAAGGUUCAGAAAAUUGGGGAUUUGAACCCUGUCCAAGAUUUUGAAGCCAUGAUAGCUCGCAGAGAUAGCUCAAAGUGGGUUAGAAAAGCAAUCAAAGAGAUGCAGGAUUAUAUAUAUAACCUGCUAGAAAAUUCUUAUGAAGGGAACACUUAUCCGAAGGCAAUUGAAUGUUUAGUUGCUCUUCGUAGAGGUUGCAUUCUUGAACAGGAGCCAAAAGAGUUCAAUCGAUAUCUGCAUCACAUUUAUGAAAAAUGGAAGACUACUGACCUUGUUGACUUUUUUAACCUUAUUGCUUCUAAAAGCAUCACCUUGAUUAGCAAAAGUGAAGCAGCUGACAGUGAAGUGACUGAGGAAGAAGCCAAAAAUUUCCCAGUGAAAACUGAGUUAUAUGGAGACUCAGACUCCAGAAGCCAAAUUUUGACAAGCUGAAUUCAGCUUGGGUCAAGGGCUUAACUUGUCCGGUUGUUAUUGAGGCUGUGUAUUCAAAAGAUCUCCAGAACUGUGAAGCAACAGGGCGUUUCCAUGGGUUUGUACGUUAGGGCUUCAGUGUUAUUAGAAUGCUAGAAAACUGUGAAACUUAUGGCCAUUUGCAAAUAUAAUACAGCAUUUUGAGAGAAACUGCUGCGCAUGUAGAUAUGGAGUUUCUUUUUUUCUUGGUUCUCUUGUCUUGCCACUCCAACCAUUGAAAAUGUCAUGCGAUUUCGGUUUAUAAAUACUCUCAGAGUUUCACUAUUUUGUAUCAAAAACUUUCUGAAUGUUUUUUUUU